AUGGAAUACGAGAACCGCGACUACGACGACGAGCCUCAGUACCCUCGUGAGCGCUCGCGCUCCCCUCGUCCCGACCGUGAUGGCGACAGCAGACUCCGUAGCGCUUCCCCCGCCGCUGCCCGUGAUGACCGCACCGCCCAGCAGAUCCGUGAAGACGAGGAAGAAGCUGCCAACCCUGGCUCCAACCUUUUCGUCACUGGCAUUCACCCCCGCCUUACCGAGGAGGAGGUCCGCCGCCUGUUCGAGAAGUACGGUGAUGUCGACACUUGCAGCAUCAUGCGCGACCCUCACACCCGCGAGUCGCGUGGCUUCGGUUUCGUCAACAUGGUCACUGGUGAGCAGGCAGACGCUGCCAAGUCUGGUCUCCAGGGUGAGGUCUACGAGGGCCGUACUCUGAGCAUUGAGAAGGCCCGUCGCUCCAGACCCAGAACCCCUACCCCCGGCAAGUACUUUGGCCCUCCCAAGAGAACUGACGAUCGUCGCCCUCCUGGCCGCUUCGGUGGUGGUGGUGACCGCUACAACGAUCGCCGCGGCUUCGGCAGACGUGAAGAGUACGGUGGCAGAUCUGGCGGACGCUACGGUGGUGGCGAUCGCUACGGCGAUGACCGCUACGGUGGUGGCCGCGACUACGAUCGCUACGAAGAACGCGGCUCGUACAGCCGUCGCGACCGUGACGACUACAGCGGUGGCUCCCGUGGAUACGGAGGUGGCCGCGAAGACCGCUACGCUGGACGCGGUGGUGCUUCCGGAGGUGACGACGACAGACGCGGCGGAUAUGGCUACGACCGUGGCAGUGCCCGCGCCGAGGCUCCUUCUAGCUAUGCUGACCCUGCAGCUCCCGCCGCCGACGCUGCUGCUUCUGGCGGCCGUCGUGCUUACGGCGAGGAGCGCGGUGCUGACAGAUACGAACGCCGCUGA